CGAUCUAAUUACGACAUUGUAAAGCGGCAAGGGCUUCGCAUGAGCACAGCCAUGUGGGGUGAUGGCAUGUUUAGACCUCAUCGCGUUGUUCGCUCAACGCGGGAGGUAUCGCAUGUACCUUUCGACUACGUGGUGUGCGCCAACAAAAUCACAACGUCCGACUCCUCAAGAACAAUCAACGAGCUGGUACCCGUUGUCUCUCCAAGAACCACUCUGGUAUCAGCGCAAAACGGAGUCGGCGUCGAGGCACCCUUGGGCCGUGCAUUCCAAAAUAACAACAUCUUAUCUGCCGUGUGCUACAUCAGUUGCCUACAGCCAAUUCCCGGUAUCGUCCAGCAAAUCUCCAAUAUUCGGCCACAUGCUUUCCACAUUGGACAUUACGACAAGCCCAUGUUCGGCAGCACGAUGGACAGGGCGCAGAAGCUGAAGGACUUUGUUGCCCUGGAUAACCGAUUCAAACAAAUCAAUGACGUGCAAGCCGAGCGCUGGACGAAGCAAAUCUUCAAUGGUGCCUGGAAUCCAAUGACUGCCAUCACUGGUCUUGAAACUCAUCCCCUGAUUGCCUCGCCUUAUCUUGACACGGUCCGACGGCUCGCUCAAGAGACCUUCAAUGUCGCAACCGGACUUGGUGUCUCGCUCCCUGAAGACCUACCAGAGAAGACAAUCGAAUUCGCCAAGGCGAAUCCCUCGAUGGCACCGUCGAUGCUACAGGAUGCAAGGAAGAAGAGGCUUAUGGAGGUAGAUUCACUUUGUGGAAACAUCAUCAGGCAGGCCGAGCAAAUCCGCGUGCCUGUGCCAACGGUAAAGAUGGUGUACUACGCGCUGCAAGAGAUGAACAGACAGAUUUCGGAAUCGACGCAACCACUACGCAUCCCAGAGCACGAUGCUCUUGCGAACGGAAUCAGUUACUUGCAGCAUUUUGCAGCGCAGCCACAAGUAAUUAUGACCAAGUAGAAUUGCAAUAGUAAAAUUAAUGUAAUCAUGUUACUCAUGCAAUAAUGAACCGCC